AUGGUGAAGCCGUGGUGGACGUCCUCGUUAGGUUCAUAUAGGAUAGUAGAGAUUAAAGCUGUAAGGGCGCCGACGACGCUCGGGCUCCGGCGGUUCCUGCAGGAGCAGCCGGCGUUCCGCCCCGCCGUGCCGCCCGACCUCUUCAUGCCCCUGGCCGACCGGAUCCGGGACCUCGGGGUCGGCGUCGUGUUCCCGUGGAUCAACCUCGACGGCCUCGUGCCGCCCGCGCCGGCGCCGGCACUGGCCAAGCGGGAGCCGGACGCGGUGCUGCCCGCGGCGAGCCUCACGGUGGAGGAGGCGCGCAAGGUGCUGCGAGCCACGCAGAUGGAGGCGGCGCGCCCGCGGAUUCGGGAGUCCGGCGCCGGCGCCGUGCCAUACGCCGACUUCCUGCGCCUCUGCUGCGACGCCGCCCGCGCCGCCUGGCAUCGCCGCCACCCGGAGACGCCGCCUUUCCUCAACGACAUCAAGCCACGGGUGCUGCUCGUCAUGGGGUCCUCGCCCAAGCCCUGCGAGAACCCCGUCGGGGACCACUAA